GGAGAUGGAAAUGUCUGAGUAUGAGAGUAUAAGAAGGAGGAUAGUAGAGGAGAAUAAAAGGAAGAUGGAGGAACUUGGACUUAGACCGGUGGCUUAUGAGAAAAUGAAUUUGAAGAAACCGGCUAAGCAAGUAAAGAUCAACAAAACAUUAAGGCCUACUCAAGACUUUCAAAAUGAUGAUGAGCCCACACUUGGAAAAGGUGAUCAUUCAGAAAAAAUAUCCAAACAAAACAACACUCAAGGGUUUGGGACAAUACUAAAUUUGAGAUCUUGCUCAAAAAAGCAAAACGUGGAGCCUGAAAGGAUUGCAGACGAACAACAGUUGUCAAUGGCGACAAUGGCGAGCUUAAUAAAAUCACGUUCUCAAACUCGGAAAAGACUUUUGGAACAGAGUAAAGCGAAGAAUCAAUGUGAUGAGAGUGCAUUGAAAUUGAAACAACCUCUGACGAUCCCUGCACCACCUCUUCAAGAAGUGCCUUUGAAACAAGCCGAGGACAACUCUCACGGAAAGACCCACUCGUAUGAAGAAGAGCCAAAA